AGUCUGAUUAUUAGUCCUGAAGUCUCUCGACACGUCCUCUUGUUAUCUCUUCUCCCUUCAAACAGUAGUGAGUACACUUGGUCUCCGUCCCUACCUAAGAUCAUUUAUCAAUAUAUAAUUCGUAGGUUCCUUCAUCUCUCCAUUGGAUCCUGGAUUAGCUAUUGCAUUCUGUUUCCAUGUCCUUGUCUUCAUUUUUCAUUGAUAACCCUAUAUUGAAUUGCCUUUUCCUGAUACUCUUCAGCGCUCCCUUUCUAAAUUUUAGGCACCGAAGUCUUCUAUUAUCUGCUUGUUAUUAUGACUUUUAAAUGUAGCUUUUGUUAGGGUCCAGUUUUGAAUGCUCCUUUCUUGAUAAGAAAACCUCGAAGUUGGCUGGCUGGCUGGCUUCAAUUCUAUCAGGACAUUGGUUCUCUUGUUUCUUGAUAUGAUCACUGUUGUUGCUACUGGGUUUGAAUGAUUUUCUUGGCUUUUUUGAAGGGUAAAUCAAGAAAUGGCAAUUGAACUUUGCUCGGAUAGUUCUGCUGGUGUUAGUCCAAGAAUUUCGUUUUCUCAUGAUCUUUGCAUAUCAGGUAUUGUUCCUGUUGAACAACGCCCUCUGCGACCAAGUUCAUUAGGCAACAUUGAUUUCGACUUCUGCGUCCGAAAGAGUUUCGAUCGAGAUUCAACGUCUGCAGAUGAGCUUUUCUCUGAUGGAAAAAUUCUUCCUACUGAAAUCAAGAAAAAGACUGCUUCUGCAAAACAAGUUGAUCCAUCUAUGCCCCCAGGACAAGCCCUACAAGAUGAUGUUUCGAGUAAUGAUGGCUUCAAGAAAGAUUGCUUGAAUGAAAUGAAGAGUUCAAGUUAUGAAGAAGACUAUCAGAAGCAAAGUUCAAAGUCAUUUUGGAGGUUUAAGAGGAGUAGUAGCUUGAAUUGUGCUAGUGGUUACGGAAAGAGUUUGUGUCCUUUGCCACUCUUAUCACGAAGCUAUUCUACUGGUUCUACACCAAGUAGUAAGCGAGCACCACUAACCAAGGACACCAAUCAUAAGCAGCAUAGACAAUCAUUUCUCAAGCCAUCACAAUCGUCGUCUUCCAUGAAUUAUCAAAAGCCUCCAUUGAAGAAGAAUUAUGGACCUUAUGGCCACGGUGUUCGCGUUAGUCCGGUUUUGAAUUUUUCAUCAGGGAAUCUAUUUGGUUUAGGUUCAAUCUUCUUCAAUGGCAAAGAUAAGAACAAGAAGAAGUGACUUACACAAUAUGUGAUCUAAUUACAAACUACUUUCAGCCUAAAUUGAAUGUUCUUUUUUUUUUUGGUGGAUUGGAGUGUUUUUUUUUUACUUAAUUUUUGUUUACUUGAUUUGCCCUUUGAGUGGUACUAAAGAUAGAAAAUUUGAAAAGAUCAGUGCCAUGAAGACAAAGAGAUUGAAAAGUGGGAAUGGUUUGAGGGACCAGGAAAGAUGACCAUAUAAUUCAAGGCACAUGGUUUUGGAGCAGAAAAUGACAGGUAACCAUUGCUUUCAUGGUUGUCUGUGUCUGCUUUUGGUAUUUGCUCAUACAUGGUGUAAAUAAUUUGAUUUUGGUUUAUUCUUCCAUUUUAUACAAGAAGAGAUUUUCAA